AUGGGCAGUAAAUGUUGUAAGUGUAGGUCUGGUCCAGAUAAAGACGCCCUAGAGAGAGAGAAGAGACGGAAGUUGCUUCUUGCAAUACGCCAGAGAAAAAGGGUAGAGGCAGCCAGGAAGAUCCAGGCCUGGUGGCGCGGCACCCUGGUGCGUCGGACCCUGCUGGUGGCUGCCCUCAGGGCCUGGAUGAUUCAGUGCUGGUGGAGGACGCUCAGGCUGAAGCAGAUGCAUAAACAACUGCACAACCUGCUGAAGGCCUAUGUAAUCCAGGAGCAGGCAGCCGUCAAGCUGCAGUCCUGGGUCCGCAUGUGUAGGUGCCAACAAUGCUACUGCCAAAUGAGCAAGGCUGUCUGCGUGAUUCAGGAACCAAAGAGCUGCCUCACCUUCCAGACCAAUGACCUUUUACAGGUAGACAAGGAAGCCUCUUCCAACCAGCUGGAGUUCCACAUCGAAAUCUUAUCAGUCUGA